AUGGUUUUCUUUGAUUCGGGCAGCCAAACCAGUUAUAUCACCAAAGAAUUAGUUGAGCAACUUCAACCGCCAAAACUCUCGGAAGAAAUGCUUCGUAUACACACCUUCGCAAAUCAAAAUCCAAAAACAAUACGAUCACUUCUCGUCUCCGUCCAGUUAAAACGUCAAGAUGAUAAAUGGGAACCAAUCCAAUUGAAUACAAUUAACGAAAUAUCGUCUAAAAUGGAGUCGUAUCAAUUUACAGGUAAACAUGAUCAAAUAGAACCAGUUACAGGCACGCCUUCUAUUUUAAUUGGCAUACGAGAAUUUUGGAAUUUUGUUACGGGUUUACGUCAAAUCGGCCCUAAACUUUACAAGAUACAAACAAUAUUUGGUGAUGUGUUGGGUGGUGAAUCAUGCUUUGAAAGGUCCAAUUAUUCCUCAACAUUUAUGUCUAUUAACGGCAAAAAGUUCGACCAUUCCAACGUUAUGGAGAAUUUCUGGGCAUUAGAAACUAUUGGAAUAAAAGAAAAUCCUGAAGAAAAAGAUGAUGAUACAGCUAUGCGUCUAUUUAAACAAUCUAUUCGUCAAAAACCGAAUGGCACUUAUACUGUACGUCUCCCAUGGAGAGAGCCUCGACCAGUCAUAAACUCAAAUUGGGCAAUGGCGUACAGUCGUCUUCAGGCUAAUAUUCGGCGUCUAUCCUCCUCACCAGAACUUCUUCAGAAGUACGACAAAAAUUUGCGAGAUCAAGAAUCCAAAGGCAUAAUAGAAGAAACUGGAAGAGACGAACAAGAAUUUUUCAUGCCACAUCACGCCGUUAUUAAUCCUAAAAAAUUGCGAAUCGUCUUAGAUGCGAGCGCACAUCCCAAAGGAGCGUCAAGCCUAAAUCAAGCGUUGUAUCGCGGACCUGUACUUUUACCUACGCUAGUUGGAAUGCUAAUUCGAUGGAGAAGCUGCCUUAUUCCCAUCUUAUCUGACGUCCAAGCCGCCUUCCAUACAAUCGAAAUGUUGCCUGAGGACCGUCAAUUCUGCAAAAUUCUUUGGCUCCGAGACGUCACUAAACCCAUAUCUUCAAAUAAUCUGGUCAUCAAAAGAUAUACGAAAAUGGUCUUUGGCGUAAUUUCAUCUCCUUUCGUGUUGGCUGCCGUACUUCUUCAUCAUUAUGACAAAUUUGAUAGUGAGUUAGCGAAAGAGAUGGCAAAAAACACUUACGUCGAUAACAUCCUAUUUCAGUGCCAAAACGAGGAAGAAGCCCUUGCAAAGAUCAAAGAAGCUAAAGAAAUAUUCAAACAAGCGGCCAUGAAUUUGCGUGAAUUUCUGAGUCAUCGGCCUACAAUUAUGGAACAAAUACCGGAGGAAGAUCGUCUAGACAAAGCAAAAGCACAAGUCCUGGGAAUCAAGUGGGAGAUAUCUGAUGACUCUUUAACACUUAAAUUCCCAAAAGAAGACGAAAGUGUAAUCAGUCGUCGAUCAGUCCUCAGCGCGCUAGCUAGUGUUUACGAUCCUCUGGGUCUUAUUAAUCCUUGCUUAUUGUCGACAAAAUUAUUUUUUCAACGACUAUGGGAAGGCGAUCGAACAUGGGAUCAGCCAGUUAAUCUUGAGGAACAGAAAGAAUGGCAAAAUAUUCGUCAAACUUGGAAGGACCAAACCAUCUCUAUUCCUCGCCUAAUCAUACUUAACGAGUUUGAAGAGUGCCAAAUUCACGUAUUUAGUGAUGCGUCGGAAAGUGCAUAUGCAACCUGCGUCUAUCUUCGCACGUCAAAAGAUUUGUGUGUCAAUUCGUCGUUAAUAUUCGCGAGAAACCGGCUGCGCCCAAAAAACGCCAAAUCGAGUCUGACUGUUCCGAGAAUGGAGUUACUUGGAGCUCUCAUUGCCCUUGGAUUCAAUCAACAGACCCCAAACCUCAGUUUGAACAGCGCCGACUUACAGAAAUUCGUAAAGGAGCAAACGGAAUAUUUCAUUUUGUUAGAACAGACCAAAAUUCGGCCGACAUCGCCACUCGUGGGUCAACGCCUUCUGAACUCCAAAAUUCGUCUCUUUGGUGGAACGGCCCUCACUGGCUCUCACGCCCAGAAAACGAAUGGCCUGACGAACUAUCAUUUGGCGUCAAAAGUCAAGAUAAUGAGAGUAAUAUAG